AUGGCCAUGUCUUGUCGGUACGCCGCCCAGAGCUGUGCUCGCCAGCUCCGAUCCGCUGGCGCUGCCCGAGCACCCGCACAGCUUGUCCGCAUCCCGGCCACAUCAAGGAGAUGGAAUUCAUCCGAAGCCGCUCCCGUCAACCCCAAGAUCGCAGCCAUUGUCGACCAGAUUAGCCAGCUUACUCUUCUGGAGACUGCCGACCUUGUUUCCAGCCUCAAGAGCAAGCUCAAUAUUCCCGAUAUGCCCAUAGGCGGCUUUGCUGCUGCUCCUGCCGCUGCCCCCGCUGCCGUUGAGGAGGCUGAAGAGGCUGCUCCCGCCGCCGCCGAAAAGACCCUCUUUACCCUCAAGCUUCAAGGAUUCGAUGCCCCCUCCAAGGCCAAGGUCAUCAAGGAGAUCAAGAACAUGCUCGGGCUGAGCUUGGUGGACAGCAAGAAGUUCGUCGAAAGCGCACCCAAGAUGAUGAAGGAGAACGUUCCCAAGGAAGAUGCCGAGAAGAUCAUCAACACCAUGAAGGAGUUGGGCGCCACCGUGGUUAUGGAGUAA